GACUAGGAAAACUUAAUUCUGAAUACGGAGAAAAAUACAACUUUGUGAUUGUUAAAAAAGGAGAGGACAAUUAUACUAUUUGGGAUACCUCCAAGUAUGAUGCUGGUUUCGGAGUCAAGAAAGAUGGAAAGGCAGAAAGAAUAAAAAAUAUUGAACUGCUUCGUAAAAAGAAAAUGGAUGGCGAAUUAGCCAAAUUGAUUGGUCUUCCUUUGCUUUACACUGGGACAACGGGAGAUAAUGUGUCUUCUAUAAACAUAGUAGGUCUUAUUUAUGAUAAAAAAGAAAACUCCCAAACUAUCUAUUUAUCGGAACAUGGUGAUAGAAUAAUCAAAAUCAGCAAUGCUAUUAACAACAGCAACGAACUAGGAAGCGGAAAGAAAUCAGUUAACAAAAUCGGUUCUUCUCUCAAAUUGUUAAAAAUUAAUAUUUUAG